CCUGUCUUGGAUUGAAUUAAUUAACCUGACGAUUAGAUGUGGUAUAUUACAUGGAACAAGAAUCGAUCACAAGGAAUCAGUAGACUUGGUUAACUCCUACGAUGUGAAAGUCCGCCUCAUGCUUUUCUUUCUGGUGCUUUCCUCAGCUCUAAGCCAUUAAAAAGGGAAAUAUAAACUAAUACUUUAAGAUUAGAUUAACGGCAAUUAAUAAAGUAAGAUAGAAUGAAGAAAGUGAGAGAGAGAAGGGGAGUGAAUGUUGAAGAGUAAGGUGAGAGAAAUGAAGAAAAGAUGGUGGUAAAUUAGAGAGAAAAGAAGAGUAAAAAACUGAUACAAACAUGAGAUUCUUGAAAUGAACGUUAAGAGUUCAAAGCAAAUGAUCUCAAAGUGAAAUACAUUUAGAUGUUCACUUGUUUAUCAGUUUGGUCUGUUUGCUUUUUCCCAUUAUAUUUUUUUUUCUAGACAUUUUGUUUUUUCUCGCUUAGCUCAAUGUUAACUCAUUUUUCCCUCUUUUUUACUUAGACUUAAUGUCUAUUGUUAAUUUUUGUGUGACUCAAGAGGGCAAACAAAAGAAAGAGCAACUUUUCUUCAAAAUCAAAGUCUCACCAAAAUGCCUUCUAAUCUGGAUAAAAUGUCGCCUGGAUUAAUCCACCUGACUAGGAUACAUUCUGUUCGUUCAAGUGAUUCUUCUGGUCAUGGUUUUGAUUCGCUUGAUUCUUCCUUUACAGAUGAUCACAUUGAUGAUCGUUCCUGGUCUUGGAUUUAUCUUAAAUCAGAGUUUACGGGUAAAGAUUCUGAAAAGCUAUUCCACAAGUAUCAAGCCCGUCUUCAGCACAAUUUUUUCAUGGUUUUACUUUUACUCAACAUCUCUUUUAAUCUGAUUGCAAUUGCUAUUUACCUCUGGGAUAAGCAAGUGAAUACUUUUCCUGGUGAAGCUUUAAUGCGAGGAUCGGCAUUAAUU